CUCGCCUCGCGCAUGAAGUUGAAGGAAAUCCACCGCACAUCGACGCUUGCAUGGUCACCGUCCGCUUCGCUACCUCUGCUAGCUACGGGUACCGUUGCCGGCGCUUUGGACGAGUCGUUCAGCGAUGAGAGCCAACUCGAGAUUUGGGCUCCGGACUUCCUCGACAAGAAUGAGUUUGAGCUUGGGGCUGCUGGGCAACGAGGACCCAAGGGCGUCGUCAAGGACACCGCCCGUUUCAACAGGCUUGCUUGGGGAGGCGUCGACGCAACCCGUUCGCGUGGUGUCAUCGCAGCUGGCCUGGAGAACGGCGAGCUGGCAUUAUGGGACCCCGCAAAGAUUCUUGCAGGCGCCGACGAUGCACUUAUCUUGCGCAAUUCUACUCAUACUGGACCGAUACGUGGCCUUGAUUUUAACCCCAUCCAGACGAGCUUGCUCGCGUCCGGUGCCGUCAGUGGCGAGGUGUACAUUUGGGACUUGAACUCACCAGCGAAGCCAUACACGCCAACCCCCGGUGCUCGGUCCACCAAACUCGAUGAAAUGACCGCUGUUGCUUGGAACAGACAGGUCCAGUAUGUUCUCGCUGGCGCGAGCAGCACUGGUAACACAGUCGUCUGGGAUUUACGUGGCAAACGCGAAGUCGUGGCUCUCGCUUAUGGCGCAGGUGGAGCUGGCGGAAUGAGCGAUAUCAAAUGGCACCCAGACAACGCGACGCGUCUCGUAACCUCACUUGAAGACGACCAGUCGCCCAUCAUCAUGCUCUGGGACCUUCGCAAUGCUCGUGCUCCGGAGAAGAUCUUGACCGGUCAUGAAAAGGGAAUUCUUUCCCUGUCUUGGUGCGCUCAGGACGCAGACCUUCUUCUGUCCUGCGGCAAGGACAAUAGGACUCUCUGCUGGAACCCUCAAACAGGCGAUGCUUUGGGUGAACUUCCGCGCGCGCAAAACUGGGCUUUCCAAGUUGAUUGGUGUCCUCGCAACCCAGACCUUCUUGCCGCCGCGUUUUUCGAUGGGACUAUCGGAAUCCAUUCGCUUCAAGGCACGAACGAGUCUGUUGCCGAUUCUGCCGCCCAGGUUGCCGCUCACGCCGCCUCCGGUGCUGAUAUCUUCGAUUUACAACCUGGAGGAACUGCUACCAGCUCUGCUGGUACCCUUUCUCUUUCCCAGCCACCCAAGUGGUUUCGUCGCUCUGUUUCCGCCUCGUUCGGUUUCGGCGGGAAGCUUGUCAGCGUGGCGAAUCUCCCUGGUGCAUCCGGGAAACAUCAAAGCGGCUCAGUUCACCUGCGGACUGUCCACGUUGAACAGGAUGUUGUCGAUCGUGCCCAAGGUCUACGGGAAGCCCUCGACAAGGACAAAGCGGCCGUCGCGGACUGGGCACACGAACAGUCGAUUGAUGGGGAUGGUUGGAAGGCUCUUCUCAGUCUGUUCAAGACAGACUCGCGGGAAGAACUCAUCACUCUGCUUGGUUUCGAAAAGGCGGAGGUUGAGCGCAAAGUUCGGGAGGCCGUGGACUCGCUGGCAUUAACGACAUCUGACGGGGAUGCAACUAUGAAGGAGGAGGAGUUAAUUUCGACUCGAGAGGCCGUUGUUUCGUUUGCCGAAACUGAUGAUGGGAGCGAGAAAGCGCCUUCCGAAGUCAGUGCGGCCACGAGCGUCAGUGUCAGCGAGACCGCGCCGACAAUUAGCGAGUCUGAGAGUACAACCACUGUACCCAGCUUGUUUGGCGAGGAGAAUGCUGCUGAUGGAGGAGAUGCAGGCGGCUCUGACUUCUUCAGCACGGUCGUGCCGCACACUAACUAUCAACUCGACUCUUCUGUUGCCGCCACCGUUGGCUCUCGUCCUUCGUCUGUCGCCUCCGAGCCAACCAAGGGUGCUGGCUCCUUCAGUAUCUAUCCAGCAAGUGCCUCCUCAACAGAUCGGUUGAUCACCCAAGCACUUGUUCUUGGCGACUUUGAUUCUGCCGUGUCGCUCUGCCUAGCGUCGGCUCGAUAUGCAGAUGCAAUCUUACUUGCUGUUCGCGGCGGGCCAGCUCUCCUCCGUCGCACCCAAGAAGCAUAUUUUGCGUCGACAUUGUCGCAACAAGGAGGGAAUGGUGGCAGUGGUCGUGUACUACAAGCUGUCGUCAAUUCCGACCUCGGAGACGUUGUCCGUAACGCUGAUGUCAAUGAGUGGAAGGAAGUAUUCGUCGUACUGUGCACGUUUGCUGGUCGCGAGAAAGGCGAAUUCGAAAGCCUGGUGGAAGAACUGGGAGGUCGACUUGAAGGCCAAGGCAAAUUGGUUGCGGAGGAUGGAGAAGAGGCUGACGGGAAAGCUUGGCGCAAGAAUGCAACACUGGCGUACCUCGCUGCCGGAAAGCUGGAGCGGUUAAUCGGCAUUUGGGAUGAAGAAUUGGCUGAAGAUGAAACAAAUCUGUUGGAGACUGGCGUUGGGACGAGUUAUUCGGCGAGGGCUCGCGCAUUACAGGCAUUCAUCGAGAAAGUCACCGUCUUCCGAUCCGCUACGACCUAUGUUGAUGGAGAUCUCCAAGCAACGACGGAAGAAUCCGACAAGACCUAUAAGCUGAGCGCACUCUACGAGCGGUAUUAUGAGUACGCCGCGGUUCUUGCUGCUCAAGGCCUGGUCGAUGAAGCAGUUCGCUUCCUUGAGCUUACUCCUGCUCCAUACGGCACUGAAGCGGUCAAGGCUCAUCGUGAACGUCUUGUUAAAGCAACUUCCAAAGCCCAGGCACAGACCCCUGCACCAGCUGUCGUAAAUGCUCGACCCACCGCGGGUACAGCUCCCCGUCCGCCUUACGGUGGUUUUAACUCCGUGCCAAGUCAGCCUGUCGUACCCGCACCGCCUGGUCCAUAUGCUCCCCCAGUUCAGCAAAACACAGCUUAUCCGCCUGCAUAUAACCCUCCCGCACCAUCUGGACCUUAUGCUCCUCCUCCGACAACCAACGCCUAUAAUCCUCCGCAAGCCAACGCAUACAACCCACCCCCGCCAGUUAAUAAUGGAAGGGGCGGUUACACUCCUCUCCAAACCACAGGGCCGUCAUAUGGUCAAGUACAAGGAGUGACGGCUUACAAUAAUAAUGGAAACGUCAAUCCUCUGCCGCCUCGCACCAAUUCACUUGCGAAUCUUGCACCCCCACCUCCUCCUGCGCCCCCCAAACGAGAUGCAGGUGGCUGGAAUGAUGCGCCGACCGUUAUCCCCAGUUCACGUUCGACUCCCGUUGGCACAAAGCCUUCGGCCAUCACUGCUCCGUUUGCAAACAUGCCUCCAGCAUCCCCCGGCUUUGGCGGCCCGGUUUCACCGUAUUUGAGUCAACAACAGCCUAUCCCGCCCCCACCAAGGCCUGGAAGCCGAACUGGCCCACUGACCAUGGGUUCGGCCCGACCCCCGUCUACAACACAGCUGCCUCCACCGCCAUCAAGGAUCAUGUCACCCCCACAAGGACCUCCGAGAUUGCCGACCCCAAGCCAAUAUGCUCCUCCGCCGUCGCGUGGUCCAGCACCAAUAGACAAUAAUGGCCCUUAUGGUCGUCCACCUGGACAACAGUAUCCCCCUCAGGGUCAACCGCAACCAGCCCCGUCGGGACCAUAUGCUCCUCCUCCGCAACAGACUCAGCCGGCAGGUCCCUACGCUCCUCCCCAACAAGUACAGCAACAGCAGCCUCAGCCGCCGUCUGGACCGUAUGCACCACCGCCAGGUGCGCAAUCACGGGCUCCUCCGGGGCCUCCAGGCCAGGGCCCACCAGCUCAAGCACCUCCACGUGCCCCUCCCCCGCCCAAAGGCCCCCCGCCACCCAAGUAUCCUCCCGGUGACCGAAGCCACAUUCCAGAAGACUCGCUGCCCGCGUACCAGGUCAUCUCAAGCCAACUCGAACAGCUCAAACAGACGAUUCCGCCGCAGCAAAAGAGACUCGCUGAGGACUUGGAACGUCGGAUCAACCCGCUGUUUGACGCACUCAACUGCGAGACGCUGUCGCCCCCCGUCGUCGAACAACUACUCGUGCUUGUCCGUGCAAUGGAGAACCACGAUCGUCAAGCUGCGCUGGCGAUCCAUGUCGACCUCUUGACGCGAGGCUCGCAAACGGAUGAUAUUGGGCUGUGGAUGUCGGGAGUGAAACAGCUCAUCAUGCGGUUGUAG